UCUCUCAUAGCGUCGCUGUCCACCAACAUACAUAGUAGGGUCAUAUUUGUUAUUCUGCACAGUGUAAACGUUUCUAGAUCAUGACCGAUUUUUCACAGACAAAAGCAGCGAGGUAGCAACGUUUCUAGUUGGAAUUGCAUACAUAGUUCGAAGAGGAUUCCGGUGACUGCUCAUUUUUACUCCAAAAGGCUUGCCCUUGGCGGAUUCCUUAUCGAUUUAAAAGGAAAAUGGAAAACAAAGCAUCUCCGGGGUUCUGGCUCGUCUUCUCGGGAGUAUUUCUUCUGGCGCUGCAAACGGUUUGUGGAGAUGUUGCUUAUUCUUUUCCGGAAGAAGUUAAACGAGGCUCUGUUAUCGAAAAUAUCGCAAAAGAUAUAGGAAUUGAGGUGGGAAAACUGGCUACUCGAAAGGCUCGUAUUGAUGUUGACAGGAGCAGCAAAGGGUAUUUUGAAAUUAAUAGGAGUACUGGAGAUGUGAUUGUUACCGAGAGGAUUGACAGAGAGGGUCUUUGUGGCAAAAAAUCUACUUGCAUUUUAAAACAAGAGCUUGUUUUGGAGGAGCCUUUAGAGCUGCAUCGCAUUAGCUUCCACAUUCAAGACAUCAACGAUAAUUCACCGCAGUUUAAGAAGGAUACCAUCAAAUUUGAAAUAAGUGAAUCUGCAGCUAAAGGAAGUCGCUAUCGUUUAGAUGAAGCUCAUGAUGCUGAUAUCGGACAAAACGCAAUCCAGGGAUAUAGUAUUGAAACAAAUGAAUAUUUCCGAUUGAAUGUUAUUGAAAAAGGUGGUGGAGGAAAAUACAGCGAGUUAAUUCUACAAAAAGAGUUGGAUAGAGAACAAAAGACAGAGCUAACGAUUGAGCUUGUUGCAACUGAUGGGGGCACGCCUCAGCGAUCGGGUACUGCGGUUAUUCAUGUUAGCGUGCUGGAUGCCAAUGAUAACGCACCAGUAUUUAGUCAGGCCGUUUAUGGAGCCAGUGUACUUGAAAACUCCCCGUUAGACAUAGUUGUGAUCACAGUAAGCGCGACUGACGCAGAUGAAGGCGUCAACGGAGAAGUGACGUACGAAUUUGAUCACAUUUCAGAUGAAAGUUUUAACGUGUUUUCUAUUGAUCAGAAGAGCGGUGAAGUCCGAGUAAGUGGGCCAAUAGAUUACGAGCACUUGUCGUCAUACGAAAUGCAAAUUACUGCAAAGGACGGUCUCGGGUUGGUCUCAUACUGUACCUUAAUAAUUGAAAUUACAGAUGUCAAUGACAACGCUCCAAUAACAACUAUUAAGUCCCUGAAAAAUCCUGUACCAGAAAAUUCACCACCAGGUACAGAGGUAGGAAUCGUUAACGUGCAGGACAGAGACUCUGAGAGUAACGGGCAAGUCCGCUGCUCCAUCCAGCAGGGUGUCCCCUUUAAGCUGGUUCCUUCUAUUAAAAACUAUUAUUCUCUGGUGACCACCGGACAACUGGACCGCGAACUAGUGUCUGAUUACAACAUUACAAUCACUGCCACUGACGAGGGCUCUCCACCUCUGUCCUCUUCUAAAAGUGUUCAGUUAUCUGUAGCUGACAUCAACGACAACCCACCUGUGUUUGAGGAACAGUCGUACAGCGCAUAUGUGAGUGAGAAUAACAAACCUGGCUCCACUUUAUGUUCCGUUAGUGCUCGAGACCCCGACUGGAGACAGAACGGUACAGUGGUUUAUUCUCUGUUAGCUGGUGAGGUGAACGAACUGAAGGAUCUGUCUUAUAAUGAGAGCAAUUCCAAACUGACCUCUUAUCUGAUCAUCGCACUGGUGUCUGUGUCCACGUUUUUUCUGACUUUCAUCAUCAUCAUCCUGGGUUUGAGAUUUUGUCGCAGGAGAAAGCCCAGACUGUUGUUUGAUGGAGCAGUUGCCAUCCCCAGCGGUUAUCUCCCUCCUAAUUACACAGAUGUUGAUGGCACAGGAACUUUACGCAGCACUUACAACUAUGACGCGUACCUGACCACAGGUUCAAGAACCAGUGACUUUAAGUUUGUGACAUCAUACAAUGACAACACGCUGCCUGCUGACCAGACUCUGAAGAAAAGUCCAUCAGACUUUGCUGAUGUCUUUGGAGAUUCUUUGGAGACUCUGGAGCCUUACUAA